AUGGAACGGACGGAGUCGGGACUGUACAUCUCCUCCUCGACGGACUGCUCUGCCCUCCUGCACGAGCUGUACACGCACGACAGCAGCGAAGACUGCCUGACGGACAAGGAGGCGGCAGACCUGGUGAGGGCUCACGUCCUCUCCCUCCGACGGGAUUCCCAACCGGCACGUAUCCUGCGAUCCCUCAUCCAUCCUCGCCACCCCCUCCACCCCUCCUCCUCCUCCUCCUCUUCUGCUACCACCCCCACUCCUACUUCGACCACUACUACUUGUACUUCUACCUCUACUUCCUCCUUUGCCCCGCCGUCAUAUACCAAGGACCACCAGCCGGACUCGCUCGACGACGCAGCGCUGCACAGCCUUUUCGGCGCGGCGAACGCCCUCUUCUUCGCCAACCGUCUAUCCCGUCGCGUGACGUGGGACUGGAGCUCGACAUCGAAGUCGACGUCGAAGACGGCAUGCUCGUCGUCGUCGCUGUCGUCGUCGUCAUCGUCGUCGGCCGAAACCAGAUACGAGGCGCACGUCGUGGGGACCACUGCGCUGCGGAGAUCGACCGGCCUCGGCGGCUGGGAGACGCUCAUCGUCCUCAGCGCACCCAUAUUGCGCGACGCGAGGUACAGCCGUCGUCUGCUCAUCGCCACGUUCCUGCACGAGAUGAUCCAUUCUUUCCUGUUCGUCACCUGCGGCCUGGGUCACGCCGCUGCCGCCUCGGCCGCCGGCCACCAUACCCCUGGCUUCAGGGCCAUUGCCGAGACCAUUGACGGAUGGGUCGGGAGGGAUCUGCUCAGGUUGGCCGAUGUAGAGGCUGAUCUUGAGUGGUUCCGUCACUGUCGUCAAUGGUAG